UUGAAGGUAAUGUUGAAAGUCUGCAGUAGAAGCUGUGUUGGUGGGUACUGACUGUGAUGGUUAUUGGUUUAGCUGGACUUAGAGUACAACACACAUAUAUUAAUUCAAAAGAAAAGCUGGACUUUUUCAGAGUAAUUCCCAGUUUCUGAGAAGCUUUAUUGUUUGGAAAAUAAAAAAUGUUAAGAUUGGAAGAUGUUUGGAACUUUAUAUUCUACCUUUUCCUUGGACUCAUCCCUCUUCUCGUCUUUGCUUACUUUUACCUCACUUCAACAUUUGAUCACUGGAAGAAGAAAGGAGUUGACCACAUAAAACCAUCAUUCCCCUUCGGUAAUCUUGGUGACGUAAUGAUGGGAAGGAAGUCUCUAACGGACCUUACGAUUGAACAGUACACACAGUUCGAAGGGAAACCUUACUUCGGAAUCUUCAACUUUACAACGCCAGUGUUGGUUUUGAAGGACCCGUCGAUUGUUGAAAGAGUUCUUAUGACAGAUUUUGCGCAUUUCUGCGACCGAGGGGAAGAUAACCUUGCACCUGAAAAUGAUCCGUUCAACUACUACAUCGGGAACCUCUCUGGAGAUACGUGGAGACAAUUAAGACACAAGAUCAACGGAGCUUUUUCUAACAGCAAGUUAAAACGGAUGACAGAGUUGAUAUCUUUUUGUGCAAACUUUAUGCUAGAACACAUUGCAGGACAGGUUGCUAAAAAAGAAAGUAUCUAUCUGGAUUGUUUAGGUUAUGGUUUCUCACACCGAGUAAUAGCAAAAUGUGCUUUUGGUAUUGAAUGCGACGAAUAUGGGGUCAAAGAGUUCAUAGUGCAUGUGAAAAAAAUUUUUCUCAAAAUGAAAGUUGUUCACAUGAUCAUUUUAUCACACAUAUAUACUCCUCGUUUGAUUAAGUUUUUGUAUAUGAUACCACCAGUUGACAAAGUUGUGCAAUACUUCAAAACUAUAAGCUUAGAAACCAUCAGAGUACGUCAGGGAGUACAAGUAAAACGCAAUGAUUUCCUACAAGUAUUGCUUGAUUUGAGGGAGGAAGAAAUUAAAGAAAACAGAAAUGAUGCUGUUGAAAACACUACCACAGUUAGUUCCUACAGGAAAUCUUCUACUGGCAAAGGGACUUUGGAAAAGAAAUGUUUGUUCACAGAGAACAUGAUCAUGUCCCAAAUGUUCAUGUUCAUGAGCUUAGGCAUGGAGACAACAGCUGUGGCUGUGACGUUUAUUUUCCUCGAUUUGGCGACAAACGCAGAGGUUCAGGCUAAAGUUCAAGAGGAGAUAGACUCAGUUGUCGACAGGUACGGAGAACUCAGCUAUGAGGCUACCCAACAACUCAACUAUCUGGACUUGGUCAUACAAGAGAGUCUACGACUCCAUCCAGGAUUCCCGUACCUCCACCGAGUGUGCGUGUCACCCUACAGGGUGCCCGGCUCAGAACUUACUCUAGAGAAAGGCACAACAAUUCUCAUACCCUCCUGCGCAAUCCACCUCGACCCUGGCAACUAUCACGAGCCUCAAGUCUUCAACCCUGAGAGAUUCCUCGACAACAACUACAAACCUAGUCCCACUUACUUGCCGUUUGGUGUUGGACCUCGUAUGUGCAUUGCUGUCAAACUGGUCAUCCUGGAACUCAAGCUCGCUGUUGCUAAGGUGAUGCAGCGGUAUUCGGUGAAGCUCAAAAGCGAGACACCUCUUCCACCCAAAUACGCUCCGACUUUUAUGCCCAAACUGCUGCAAGGGCUCUGGGCAGAGUUUACGGAAAGACCACAUUCUUAAUGAUCAAUACUUUUAUGUCAUAAAAAAAUUAAGUAGUAUUUUGACUUUCAUCUACUGUUCUAAAUAAAUAUCU